AUGGCUACCGAAAUCACCAAGGCAACCUCCAACUGCUGUGGCAAGGCUUCCGGCGGCGAAUGUGUAUGCGCCAAGCAAGCAACAUGCUCCUGCGGAAAGGAGUCGGCACUGAACUGCUCGUGCGACAAGGCAGCCUAUGAGAACAAGCUCACUGGCGCACGUUGCUCAUGCCGUGCGCGCCCGGCCGGGGAGUGCAACUGUGACAGGUCGUCCAAGGAGAACGCAACCAUCAAGGGCGAGUCUUGCUCUUGUGGUGCAAGACCUGCCGACGCCUGCACUUGUGAGAACCCUGACACCAAGGGCGACAACAACGCCAACGAAAUUGACUUCACGACAAAGAAAUAG